ACACUAGGUAUGUACGUAUACAAUUAUAUGAAUUUCCCUCAUAUUUUUUUGAUCUAUCAAUUUAGUUAAAAUCUUUUGUGGCUAACUUGACAGUCUCUGUGACUUACCUUUAGAUUUUCUGCAGCCAACACACCCAUAUUUGGAGAUCAACAAUUAUGUAAAAGUCCAAAAUCGUAAGCAGAAUUUAGAUUGAUUUAAUUUGCUUUCUUGCUUCUAGCUGCCUCUACACUGGUAAUUAGUUGAUUCUAUUUUUCUCAUCCAAAUAUUAAGUGGUCUUAAAGGAUUUGAUAUUGUCUUUUCACCAAAGUGCUCCUCAAUUCAUAUUAUGGGUCUUAUUUGUUUAUCUAAGUGUCAGUUCUAUGUUUUCACUGUAUCACACAAUCUAUUGAACCAUGUUGGAGGGCUCUUAUAUACUGCUUCUCUGCAGUUGGGCCCUAGUGCAGCAUCUAACGUAAUGGAGUUUAUGUGAAUUGGAUAUAUAUGAGUUGGUAUAGUUGGCCUAUUGUUCAACUCUUGCAGCCAUUCAACCUAUACAUAGGCCAUAACAGACCCAAGUUCCCUGCCAGAGCACACUUCUGCAGCCCUUCACCGUCUUUCCUCCCGCUUUCAGAUUGUGCUUUCUUCUGUACCAGCUGCCUCUACCUUCCUAUUCUACCCUGUGAUUCAUGUGUGAUCAUGUGAAAGUGAAAGGAACAGCAACGACUCACACAUUGCCUCUGCAGGAUCUUCACAUUGAUGAUUGCAAAGAGUUAUAGCAUAGAAAAAAGAGGAAUGAAAUCAGACAAUGGAUGGAAGAGCUACAUUCACUCUUCCAAAAUUAACCUACUUUGGGACUUACAUGACGACACAGAAUUGAAGAGAACCUGCUUGAGCAAUGGUUUGUUAUUCUCUUAAUUUUGACAUUCUAAGUUAACCUUUUAAACUUAAUAACUUAUUUAAACUUGC